AUGAUAUCAUCAUUUGAAUCUUUGUCAAACGAACUUUUUUUUGAAAUAUUUGAAUAUCUAUCGCCAUGUGAUAUGUUUCGAUCAUUUAUCAAUGUUAAUAAUCUUUUUAAUAGUAUUAUUUAUUCAUAUCCACUUCAUUUAAAUUUUCGAUCGAUUUCUCGAUUAGAGUUUGAUUAUAUUUGUUAUAAUUUACGACCAAAACAAGUUAUAUCACUUAUACUUUCUGAUGAAACAAUACCUUAUCAAGUUCAUUUAUUUAAAAAAUAUUUUCCAUUUUUUAAAAAUGAAUUUAUUAAUCUUCAAUCGUUAACAUUAAUUGAAAUGUUUGAUGAUAUAAUUGAUUUACCAGAAUCUGUUCGAUAUCUUGAAAUUCGAAAAUUUGAUACUUAUAAAAAUUUUGGUUUUAAUUUUGAUGAAUUACUUGAACAACAAGCAAAAUAUUUGAUUCAUUUAAAAAUUGAUAGAAUUGGCCUACUCAAUUCUCUCAAUACUCAAUUUCCAAAUCUUACUCAUUUGACAAUUGAUGGUGGUUUUUCUCCUAAUGAAGAUUGUUAUAUUAGAUGGUCUGAUCAAUAUAAAAAUAUUGAUAUUAUUUCAAUAUUUAAACAUCUUAAUAGUUCAAUAACACAUCUUUAUCUUUUUAUUGAUAAAGAAAAUCGAAAUAUGAAAAUAAAUCUUGAACAAUUUUCUCAUUGUCUUACUCAUCUUACACUUCAUUUUGUUGAAGAUAUUAUUGUAUCAUUUCAAUCGAUUGAAGAAUAUCUUUUUAAUUUACAUAACUUAACACAUUUAACUAUUCAAGCAACUGGUAAAAAUGAUUUAAUUGAUGGUAAUCAAUGGAAAAAAUUUCUUUUAACAACAAAUAUAAUUAAGUUUAAUUUUAAAUUUCAACUUUUAAAUAUAAAUGAAGAUGAAUCAAUAUUACUCAAAUCAUUUCGUUCAUCAUUUUGGUUGAAAGAAAAACAUUUCUAUGUUGGAUAUUGUUAUGAUGAAUAUGAUAAAAAAACAUUGAUAUAUAGUAUACCUCGAUUUCGAUUAAAUCAUAUUAAUUAUCCUUCAUCAAAUUUUCCAUAUAAAACAACAGCACCAUCAGAUAUUCAAGAAAAACUAUUUAAUAAAAAUAAAAUUGAUUUUUUAUUUAUUGAUAUUGAUAAAUUUCAAACACCACCAAUUUCUCGUUUUACACAAGUUAAAUCAUUAAUAUAUUAUGGUUCAACAUUAAUGCCAUUAGAUAUCCUUAAAACAAUUCUAGAUUUAAAUCAAAUUGAAGAACUCGACGUUUGUUCAAUUAGAUCUUUAUCAAGACAUGAACUAUAUAAAUUAAUAAAAGUUCUUCCUCGAUUAAAUUCUCUUACUAUGAAAUUUAAUCCAUUAUUUGUUAUUCCAUCACAAAUUCAUACUCUUAUAUUGGAAGGUGAUUCUCGAUCAAUAUCUAUUGAUCAACUUUAUCAUACCAUUAAAAAUGUUAAAACUCUACAAAUUCCAACUAAUUCAAAAGAUAUGAUGCUUGAUAUUAUUGAUCAACUUGAUCAUCUUGAGAAUAUUAUCUUUACAUUUGAUGAGUUUAAUGAAGGUGAAUAUUUGGAAUUCUUCAUUGAAAAAUUAUCAGUUUAUUGGAUGGAAGAUAAUUGUCAUCGUCUUGCCAUGAAUCAUUUUACAUUUCGACAAGGGGAAGAAUAUCAAGAGAUUCACAUGUCAUUUGGCGGUCCAAAGACUAAAAAAUAUUCAGAAAAUUAUACAUAUUUGAAUUAA